AUGCAAAGUUUAUUAAGACUGGUAAAUAAACCUCGUGUGGAUGACUGGUCACCACUUGCAAAAUUUUAUUAUGCCGAUGAAGCCUUAAAUGCAGUAACUAGUGAGUUGGAUUCAUUUGAUGGUCGUCGAGAUCCAGAACGUUGUAAUCAGUUGGUCGCCAAAUUGCGACAAGCACAAGAUCGUCUCCUUCAUAUUAUUUCAGAAAUGUUGCUGAUCGUUUUCCCUCGCGAAUCGGAUCGAGUUAGUCGUGAUUACAGGAUAAAAUUUCCUGAUGAAAUUAUUCACGAUAGUUUACCGGGACAACUCUGGUUUGGCGCCGAGUGUUUAACGGCUGGAUCAAACAUAAUCGACCAUGAAGCCGAAUCCGAGGCAAUCAGGCCAAUGGCUAGAGAAUUGACGAGACAUUUAGAUCACUUACGAGAACUUCUCAAGAUUCAGUCGCUUAAGGGUACCACGCAUUAUCCGGAUAAAAUAAAAACAAGUCUUAAAAUAUUUGAUCAUCUUUUCGCCGAAUUUGAAUUGAAUUAUGUCAGUGCGAUGGUCCCCGUAAAAACGGUGCGCGAACAUGAGUUACAGUUGAAUCUUGCAGUUCUUUUCUCUGAAUCGCUGGAAUACGCAAUUAAAGUUGGAUACAUAACUCACGACUCAAUUGAUGAUUGUGAUCCUAAUCUAAUGGUUGCCUUGCCACGUUUAGCUAUUGUAUGUGGUUUACUCCAUUUCCCUGGUGGCAUUCUGGAUAUUGAUGGACCAACUGAAAAUAUACCAGAAAUGUUUCGAGCUUAUGUUGGCAUAAUGUAUAGGAUUCGUGGCCUUCUCCGUACUUUGGAUCCAGAUGAGUUGCGAUCAUUAGAACUAUCGUUGUGUAAAGGUGAUUCAUCAUUUUGUGAUGACUCGGAUCCCCAUUCAGAAACACUGACGAUUUCAGCUUUCCUCUGUAAAACACGAUCCAAAUCAUUUUCUGAGAUUGGCGAUUCCGCAGAUGCAGUCGGAAUUCGUUCUCAUUAUCGAUCAUCGGCCGAUCUUAUUCAUCGUCUUUUUGUUUGCAUCGCCGGUGUAGCGGAUCAAAUACAUAUUCAGUAUCCUUCCGAUACCAGGAGAGUUUUAAAAAUGGUGUUGCAACCGAAUGAAAUGGUUCCUGUUUAUGAGAUCCCGGGUCAAACAGCUCUGAUAGCAGAAAAUGAAGAAGAAACGGGUGUUGAAGUACAAGAAGCAUUUCCAUUGCCAACAUUUGUUGGUGUUAGGUGGGUUCCAGAUGCAGAUUGUGAACAGUGCACUGCAUGUGGUGCACCUUUCACACUUGUACGUCGUCGGCAUCAUUGCCGUAACUGUGGUCGUAUUUUCUGCGGAAAAUGUUCUACAAAUUCUUUGGCAUUGCCUGAACUCGGUUAUGAUAGAAAAGUUCGUGUAUGUAAUCUUUGUUUCCUUUACAAAAUUAACCCAUUUUCUCCCGGCGAGAAUCAAAAUCGAAAUUCAUAUCGUAACAAUGAGGAAGCUUCAUCUGAAGCAUUUGCAACAAGCUAA